CGGCCCGAGCAAUCGCAGCAGUGUAUUCCCCACUCUCCCCGGAGGAACCACCGGCCCUGGACUCUCCAAAUUCUGAGCUCUCAUCAUGGCGGCGGCGGCCGCGGCUGCCGUCGGGGGCCAGCAGCAGUCUCAGCCCGAGCUGGCCGCGUCGGGGCUGGCCCUAGACAAGGCGGCCACCGCCGCGCACCUCAAGGCGGCCCUCAGCCGACCGGACAACCGCGCAGGUGCUGAGGAGCUGCAGGCGCUGCUGGAGCGGGUGCUGAGCGCCGAGCGGCCGCUGGCCGCUGCUGCGGGCGGCGAGGACGCGGCGGCGACCGGAGGCGGGGGUGGUCCGGGGGCGGCCGAAGAGGAGGCCCUGGAGUGGUGUAAGUGCCUUCUGGCGGGUGGCGGCGGCUACGACGAGUUCUGCGCGGCGGUCCGGGCCUACGAUCCCGCGGCGCUCUGCGGCCUGGUCUGGACAGCCAACUUCGUGGCCUACCGCUGCCGGACGUGCGGCAUCUCGCCCUGCAUGUCGCUGUGCGCCGAGUGCUUCCACCAGGGUGACCACACCGGACACGACUUCAACAUGUUCCGCAGCCAGGCCGGGGGCGCGUGCGACUGCGGGGACAGCAACGUGAUGCGGGAGAGCGGGGAGGGUGUUAUUGGGGACCGCAUUGGCUCUCGGGAUGAUGAGAGCUGGGGAGGUGGUCUUGUACGUACGUGCAGGGAAGGACGGUUGAGGAAAAGGGCUUCUGAACUGCCAGUGUGUCUGUCAGUAAAAUCAUCCUUAUUUGAUUUUUUUUCUUUUUUUCUUUUAGCAGCUGAUGGACCAUCAGAAAAGGACCUUAACAAAGUCCUUCAGCUUUUGGAACCUCAAAUUUCCUUUUUAGAAGACCUAACUAAAAUGGGAGGAGCAAUGCGGUCUGUUCUUACUCAGGUUUUGACAAACCAGCAAAAUUACAAAGAUCUAACUUCUGGUCUUGGGGAAAAUGCUUGUGCAAAGAAAAGUCAUGAAAAGUACCUUAUAGCUUUGAAGAGCUCUGGACUUACAUAUCCUGAGGAUAAGCUUGUAUAUGGUGUGCAGGAGCCAUCUGCUGGUACUAGUUCUCUAGCAGUUCAAGGUUUUGUAGGCGCAACAGGAACUUUGGGACAAGUAGAUUCUUCAGAUGAGGAUGAUCAGGAUGGUAGUCAAGGUCUGGGCAAGAGAAAGAGGGUAAAACUAAGCAGUGGUACCAAAGAUCAAUCCAUAAUGGAUGUUUUGAAACAUAAAAGCUUCCUAGAAGAACUAUUGUUUUGGACUAUAAAAUAUGAAUUCCCCCAAAAGAUGGUAACUUUCUUACUCAACAUGCUUCCAGAUCAAGAGUAUAAGGUUGCUUUUACAAAAACUUUUGUUCAGCAUUAUGCUUUCAUUAUGAAAACACUGAAGAAAAGUCAUGAAUCAGACACAAUGUCUAACAGAAUUGUGCAUAUUAGUGUUCAGUUGUUCAGCAAUGAGGAGCUAGCCAGACAGGUAACAGAAGAAUGUCAGCUGCUGGAUAUUAUGGUCACUGUGCUAUUAUACAUGAUGGAAAGUUGCCUUAUUAAAAGUGAGCUACAAGAUGAAGAAAAUAGUUUACAUGUGGUGGUAAACUGUGGAGAAGCAUUACUGAAGAAUAACACUUACUGGCCUCUUGUUAGUGAUUUUAUUAAUAUUCUUUCUCAUCAAAGUGUGGCAAAGAGAUUUUUGGAGGAUCAUGGUUUGUUAGUUACAUGGAUGAACUUUGUAUCUUUCUUUCAAGGUAUGAACUUAAACAAGCGAGAACUAAAUGAACAUGUGGAAUUUGAGUCUCAGACCUACUAUGCUGCCUUUGCUGCUGAACUUGAGGCCUGUGCACAGCCAAUGUGGGGACUCUUAUCGCAUUGUAAAGUUAGGGAAACUCAAGAAUAUACCCGAAAUGUCGUUAGAUACUGCCUUGAAGCUCUUCAAGACUGGUUUGAUGCUAUUAACUUCGUAGAUGAGCCAGCACCUAACCAAGUCACUUUUCAUCUGCCACUACAUCGUUACUAUGCUAUGUUUUUGAGUAAGGCUGUGAAAUGUCAAGAACUAGAUUUGGAUUCUGUUUUACCAGAUCAGGAAAUGUUAAUGAAACUAAUGAUUCACCCACUCCAAAUUCAAGCAAGUCUUGCGGAAAUCCACAGCAAUAUGUGGGUAAGAAAUGGCCUGCAAAUCAAAGGACAAGCCAUGACCUAUGUCCAGUCUCAUUUCUGUAAUUCCAUGAUUGAUCCUGACAUUUACCUGUUACAGGUUUGUGCAUCUAGACUUGACCCAGAUUAUUUUAUUUCAUCCGUCUUUGAAAGAUUUAAGGUAGUGGAUUUGUUGACAAUGGCAUCACAACAUCAAAAUACAGUACUUGAUGCAGAGCAUGAGAGGUCGAUGUUAGAAGGCGCUCUUACAUUUCUUGUGAUUCUUUUGAGUCUUCGUUUACAUUUAGGAAUGUCUGAUGAUGAGAUUCUCAGGGCAGAGAUGGUAGCCCAGCUGUGUAUGAAUGACAGGACACACAGUUCAUUGCUGGACCUCAUUCCAGAAAAUCCUAAUCCCAAAAGUGGCAUUAUUCCAGGCAGUUACAGCUUUGAAUCAGUUUUAUCAGCUGUAGCUGAUUUUAAGGCUCCUGUUUUUGAACCUGGAGGCUCUAUGCAACAAGGCAUGUAUACUCCCAAAGCUGAAGUCUGGGAUCAGGAGUUUGACCCCGUCAUGGUCAUUCUUCGAACAGUUUACCGUAGAGAUGUGCAGUCUGCAAUGGACAGAUACACUGCAUUUUUAAAACAGAGUGGAAAAUUUCCUGGAAACCCCUGGCCUCCCUAUAAGAAAAGGACAUCACUUCAUCCUAGCUAUAAAGGUCUCAUGAGACUUUUACACUGUAAAACUUUACACAUUGUGCUAUUCACUCUGCUUUACAAGAUUUUGAUGGAUCAUCAAAAUCUGUCAGAACAUGUACUCUGCAUGGUUUUAUAUCUGAUUGAAUUAGGACUCGAAAAUUAUGCUGACGAAGAAUCAGAUGAAGAGGCAUCAGUGGGUGGACCAGAACGUUGUCAUGACAGUUGGUUUCCUGGUAGUAACUUAGUGUCAAACAUGCGACACUUUAUAAACUAUGUUAGAGUAAGAGUUCCAGAGACUGCUCCUGAAGUGAAGAGAGACUCACCUGCAAGUACUAGCUCUGAUAACUUGGGUUCUUUACAUAAUUCUGGUACAGCUCAAGUUUUCAGUUUAGUAGCUGAACGUAGAAAGAAGUUUCAGGAAAUCAUCAAUCGCAGUAGCAGUGAAGCGAAUCAGGUGGUUCGUCCCAAAACUUCAAAUAAAUGGUCUGCUCCUGGCUCAGCUCCACAGUUAACUACAGCCAUUUUGGAAAUUAAAGAAAGCAUAUUGUCUUUGCUAAUUAAACUUCACCACAAACUCUCAGGAAAACAAAACUCCUACUAUCCUCCUUGGCUUGAUGACAUAGAAAUUUUAAUCCAACCAGAAAUUCCUAAAUACAGUCAUGGAGAUGGUAUAACUGCAGUAGAAAGAAUUUUACUAAAAGCUGCGUCGCAAAGUAGAAUGAACAAACGCAUCAUUGAAGAGAUAUGUAGAAAAGUGACCCCUCCUGUACCACCUAAAAAAGUCACCACAGCAGAGAAGAAAACUUUGGACAAGGAAGAAAGGCGACAAAAGGCUAGAGAGAGGCAGCAGAAAUUGCUUGCAGAAUUUGCUUCACGACAGAAAAGCUUUAUGGAAACUGCAAUGGAUGUUGGUUUGACCUCUUUUGGCAGUAGCCAGGGCACAGGAAGAACAAUUGAGGGAUCAGGCAAAUAUGAUUGCUAGCAAACAGAGGCAGUUCACAGAAGUCUUCAGGAUAAUGAGCUCUACUUUCUCCCAGUCUCGGUUCUUGCAUGCCGCAAUGGUGACAGGUGAGGCAAUAAAGAUUUAUGGGCAUUUCAUUUGUUUAUGUUGGCCGUGGCCACACCACUAGGAUUCUGGAUCACACUGAUUCUAUUUAUAACAGUCUCUUUCCAAAGCUGUCUGACCCCAGAAAGCGUGUUUGAGACCCUAUUUUUAUCCAUUGCUCAAGAUAAAACUUGCAAAAUCACGUGUUGUUCUGCUUUUGGAUGACUAUUUACAUGUCAACAUUUUUGUUUCUAUAAUAUUAUUAACACAUAAAGCAGGGCCUAUACCUGAAGUACUAUUAAUACUUGGCAGCAGUACUGAUAUAAUUUAGUUUUAUCCAGAUCCUCUCCCUCAUUUGUUAAAUUCCUUUUUAUUUUUGAUCUUAUUUCACAUCUGUGUUGUAAGAAUGUCAAUAAUCUGUAUAGUAGAGUCUCCUUAUCACCGGGGAUCUGUUGCAAGGCCCCCAGUGGAUGGCUGAUAAAGUUUAUCUGAUAAAGUUUAUAAGUUAAGCACACUAAGAGAUUAGCAACAAUAAUAAUAAAAUAGAAAAAUACAACAGUAUGCCAGCAUCAUUACUCUUACACUUUGGGGGCCAUUAUUAAGUAAAAUAAGUGUUACUUGAACACAAGCAUUGGGUUAUUACAGCAGUUGAUCUGAUAACAGAAAUGGAUAUUCUAGACAAAGGGAUGAUUCACAAUCCUGGACAGGACCAGAUGGGACAAUAUGAGAUUUUAUCAUGCUACUCAAAAUGGUGCAUAGUUUAAAAUUUUUGAAUUGUUUAUUUCUGAAAUUUUUCAUUUAAUAUUUUCUGACCAUGGCUGACCACAGGUAACUGAAACCAUGGAAAGUAAAAUCCUGGAUAAGGGGAGACUGCUGUAGUUGCUUUUUUUUUUUAUUGUGUCUAUAUCUUUGCAUGUAAAAAAAAUUCUAAUGUAGAAGCAUAAGAUAUAAAAUAUUUCAAGUUUAUAACAUACAGUAUAAGUCCUCUAAUCAAAUAUAGUACAUUAUUAGGUGAUUUAAGUACAAAACGUUUUCUCACUGAACGCAACAGGUUUUACAGUGAUUAGUACUCUUACCUAUCUGUUUAAUGCCUUUCUGUAGUUGUCAAGUUUCCUGCAUGAAAGAGGCAGUAUUACUUCUAUAUUUCCUUUCAUCCUUCUUUCUUGAUCAUUGCCCUCCCCCGCCACCUUUAUUUAUUUUUACUAGCCAUCUAGAUGUAGGAGUGAAGGCGUUAGAUUAUAACCUUGACCCAUUAAGGUUUGUCAGAUAGUUAUAGCUGAAAUACAACGGAAUUAUAUUCCCAGUGAGAGUUCAGAUACUUAAUAAAGAAUAAGAAUUUAUUUGGGAAUGGCUGUUGUUAAACAUAUUGCA